ACUUCUAUUAUAUAAUUUCGAUAAAUCUAAACAUUAAAUCUAUUAAUUUCAAACAUUUGGAGGCAAAAAUCUGUUAGAUUUCAAUUAAAAAACUCGGCUUGUUUUCACUGUGAUUUCUGCUUAAAUCCAGAUUCAGGAAUAAAGCUUUGCCGACAGUUGGGAUCUCAUAUUAUUCCUCUUGGAAUCAAAAUGGGGAAGAAGUCAACCGAGACAGAACCUAUCGAAUCCGAGGAGGAAAAGCGACAACGAGAAGCUUUAAAUGCGGCAGCAGAAGAAGCUCUAAAUUUGACUUAUGGAAUAUCUCUCUACUACGAGACCUACGAGGAAUCCAGCUGCAGUUGCUGUACAAAGGUAAUUUGGGAUUUUGUGAUGAAAUUUUCCCUCUGUGCAGCCAUCCUUGUGCUACAGAUUGUCUCUCUCCUUCAAAUGACUACGCAUUCCGAUGAAAUUAUGAAAAGAGCUUUAGUUAACACGCGAGCUGCAUUGAAUGACUUCGAAAUUUUGUCAUCAGCAACCAACCUGAUAACAAAGAAUCUGACAUCAGUGAUAUAAAGAAGCCCGAUCGAUACACUUUGCUUCAAUGACUACCCGUACUGAGAAAAUUCUUCAUUUCUGACCUGAAAUAUUUUGUAUCUAAUCUAAUUUCUGGUCAGAAAUUCUUUUUGAAAUGUUCAAAGAAA